AUGGAUUCUGCCUUCUCCGUUACCACCACGGCGCAUAUAGCGCUUUGCAGAGCGCUCCACCGUCAUUUUGCUGGAGCUCCUCAACGCGCCUUCGUCCGCCGCAACCUCAAAUGCAUAGUUGCUUCCUACAACAACCGCUGCCGCAUUCCGUGUUCAUUCGCUUCCACGCCAUCGCGGUCCUCACUCCGCUGCUUCCGCGUACUGCUCCCGAGAACGCCAUGCCGACUGCGCUGCAUUUCGAGCUCCGCCACUUCCUAUGCUUCUUCCACCGGUGGUGGAAAUGGCAGCGGUGGAACUGGUGACGGCAGCGGAGAUGGCGGUUUUGGCGGUGAGUCUGGUGAUGCUGGUCUCCAAUUGGUUGGAGACUUGUCACAGGAGCUUUCGGCACUUUCUCCUGACGUUAUCAUUCUCGAUGUUUCAGGAAUGGUGUGCGGGGGAUGUGCCGCGACUGUGAAAAGGAUACUGGAAAAUCGAGUAUCAUCUGCUAGUGUAAAUUUAACAACAGAGACAGCAAUCGUUUGGCCUGUAUCCGAAGCAAAAAAUGCACCAAAUUGGCAAAGACAAUUAGGGGAGGCACUUGCAGAGCAUUUAACUAGCUGUGGUUACAAUUCUAGCCUCCGAGAUUCUACAAGAGACAAUUUCCUCCAAAUUUUUGAAAGGAAGAUGGAGGAAAGACAAAGACAAUUAAGAGAAAGUGGUCGUGAGCUAGCUGUUUCGUUGGCUCUAUGUGCUGCUUGUCUAGUUGGCCAUUUCUCUCAUUUCUUUGCAGCAAAGGCACCAUGGGUCCAUGUAUUUCAUUCCAUUGGGUUUCAUCUAUCCAUAUCUUUGUUUACAUUGCUUGGUCCUGGCCGCCAACUAAUCCUUGAUGGCUUAAAAAGCCUUCUUAAACGGACACCAAACAUGAACACCUUAGUUGGUCUUGGGGCUUUAUCGUCAUUUACAGUCAGUUCAUUUGCUGCCUUAUUGCCAAAAUUGGGAUGGAAGGCUUUCUUUGAGGAGCCAAUUAUGCUAAUUGCAUUUGUCUUGUUAGGUAGGAAUCUUGAACAGAGAGCUAAACUCAAAGCAACCAGUGAUAUGACAGGACUUCUUAGUUUAUUGCCACCAAAAGCUCGCCUUCUAGUUAACAAUGGGGAAACAGAGCCUGGCUCGGUUGUUGAAGUUCCUUCUGACAGUCUUUCGGUUGGAGACCAAAUUAUUGUGUUGCCUGGAGACCGAAUUCCGGCUGAUGGAGUUGUGAGAGCUGGUAGAAGCACUAUUGAUGAAUCAAGUUUCACUGGUGAACCACUACCUGUAACAAAAGUACCUGGGAGUGAGGUAGCAGCUGGAAGUAUAAAUCUUAAUGGAACUCUUACAAUGGAAGUGCAAAGACCAGGUGGCGAAACUUCUAUGGCAAACAUUGUUCGUCUAGUUGAAGAGGCACAAAGUAGGGAAGCUCCUGUACAACGGUUGGCUGACAAGAAACCGCAGAUGGUGCAUGGAGAGGAUUCAGGGCCAGCAACUGGGCAGGUUGGCUGUCACACUGUGAGCGCACCAGAUCCAGAGCUUGUCAGAACAAAUGAUGAUGACAAACAGCAGCCAACGGUGGCUGGACACUUCACUUAUGGAGUGAUGGCAGCCUCUGCUGCCACAUUCACAUUCUGGAGUCUGUACGGCACCCACAUUUUGCCUACUGGUUUAUAUCAAGGAAGUUCAGUUUCACUGGCUCUGCAGCUUGCUUGCAGUGUUCUGGUUGUUGCUUGUCCAUGUGCACUUGGGUUAGCCACACCUACUGCAGUGCUGGUUGGAACUUCUUUGGGGGCUAAAAGAGGAUUACUUGUACGUGGUGGAAAUAUUCUAGAGAAGUUUGCAAUGGUAAACACUGUUGUGUUUGACAAAACAGGGACCCUCACGAUUGGUAGACCUGUUGUGACAAACAUUGUCACUCCAACAUGCAUUAAAAAUGGAAUUUCAAGUUUUCAUCUACACAAGAUUUCCAUUUUCCAGAAGUAUAGAAUCAACUCUGGUUUCGAACAACUAGAUGGGUUAGAGGAAAAAGCUUAG